UUGGAGAUGGAAGGCUUUGGUGCCAACAGUGUCGAAGAACUGGAUGUGGGCGAUCUCGAGAGCGCGGGGCUAGAACCAUCCGAGGCUCUACACUUCUACCAGGAGCUCCAGGUAGCGUUGCAAAGGGCAGGAUUUGGAAAACUCGAGUCGAUAUGGAGGCUUGUAUCUCAAAGUUUGCUCACGCCUCGACAUCCUCACACACUCCAUCAGCUCAUGUACUACUCGAUCUACAAGAAUUGGGACGAGUUGCAAUGCGGUCCACCACCGUAUUGGUUUCCAUCGCUGGAGUUCGCAAGGAGUACGAGCAUUGGACAGCUCCUCAAGGCUCGUGGAAACGAACUUCUCGGCAAUAAGGUAUACGUUGAUCCAAUCGCGAGCUUUACAAACUUCUACAAGUUCUCGGUUCAGCAUCCGGAGAUUUUCUGGUCCAUUGCGUUUGAGAACCUGAGCUUGCAUUUUUCUGUGGAACCCAAACAAAUGGUGGACUCGAGUGAUUCGUCACGUCCAGCAGGAAAAUGGCUACCCGGUGCUGUCUUGAACGUUGCUCACUGUUGCUUGCUACCAAAGCCGAACAUCGGAAAGACGGACGAUAGCAUCGCCAUUAUAUGGAGAGACGAAGGUGGAGAUGAUUUGCCUCCCAGCACAAUGAAACUCUCGGAGCUUCGGCACCAUGUCAGCCGGGUGGCAUUCUCGCUUCAAGCUGCCGGUUUCCAAAGAGGAGAUCGAAUCGCCAUCGACAUGCCAAUGCAUAUCCACGCUGUUAUCAUCUACUUGGCCAUAAUUCUCGCGGGCUGCGUGGUAGUGUCAAUAGCUGACAGCUUUGUUUCCUCGGAGAUCGCUGCUCGCCUAGCGAUCUCCAAAGCAAAGGGGAUCUUCACUCAGGAUGUGAUAGUGAGAAGUGGUAAAACAAUCCCGCUGUACAGUCGAGUUUUGGGAGCUAAACCACCAAAGGCAGUCGUCCUUCCAUCGGAUGGAAAAUCAGUGCGUGUUCCAAUCAGAAACCAAGACGUUUCUUGGGAGGAGUUCCUUGCAAAUGGAAACGGCAGAAACAGGUACACAGAAAUGAUCGAAAACUUUGGAGCAUUGUCACUCAGAUUCAUCUGCAGAUCUGGAGACGAGUUCCCGGCUGUGCAAUUACCCGUCGAGGCAUGGACAAACAUACUCUUCUCUUCAGGCACUACCGCCGAGCCAAAAGCAAUCCCGUGGAACCAGACAACUCCCAUGAGAUGUGCUGCCGAUUCAUGGGCACACUCCGAUCUCCAAGCUGGUGAUAUUUACUGCUGGCCAACGAAUCUGGGAUGGAUGAUGGGACCUUAUCUUAUCUCUGCUUGUCUACUCUCUGGAGCAACAAUGGCACUCUACAACGGGUCUCCUCUCGGACGAUCUUUCGGAAGGUUUGUCCAGGAUGCGAGAGUUACGAUUCUAGGAACCGUGCCGAGCAUGGUAAAAACUUGGAAGAAGGUCAACUGCAUGGAUUCACUCGACUGGUCGAGUAUCAGAUCGUUUGGAACAACUGGUGAGGCUUCUAGUAUCGAUGACGAUCUGUGGCUCAGCGCAAGAGCUUGGUAUAAACCAAUUCUAGAGAGUUGUGGUGGAACCGAGCUUGGCUCGGCUUUCCUUCACGGAUCACUGCUCCAACCGCAGGCCUUCGCAGCUUUCAGCACUCCGAGCUUGACAACGGCCUUUGUUCUUCUUGAUGAUUCCGGAAGACCAUACCCAGAUGACCAGCCUUGCUCUGGAGAGAUUGCUCUCUUCCCCAAGCUUCUUGGAGCUUCAUACACGCUGUUAAACGCUGAUCAUCACAAAGUCUACUUCGAAGGCAUGCCUGUGAUCAAUGGGAUUCAACUUCGGAGACAUGGCGACGUGUUUGAGCGAACGGCCGGAGGCUUCUAUAGAGCUAAAGGUCGAGCAGACGAUACUAUGAACCUUGGAGGCAUCAAAGUGAGUUCUGUGGAGAUCGAGCGAGUUUGCAAUACCGCGCACAACAGCGUUCUUGAGACCGCAGCCAUAGCCAUGCCUCAAGGAAAAGGCGGCGGCCCCGACAACUUGAUCGUCGCUGCGGUUCUCAAAGGUGCUCUUCCACCAGGUGAAAAUCACCCAGAAAUGCUCAAGAGGAUCUUCUCGAAGGCUCUCCAUGACAACUUAAAUCCUUUGUUCAAGGUCCAUGCGGUGGUUCUUCUUCCGGAAUUUCCUCGCACAGCGUCAAACAAAAUCAUGCGAAGAGUCCUUCGAGCACAAAUGCCGCGCAGCAAGCUCUGAGAUUUUCCUGCUGGUAGAUUUGUUCACCAUCAAAACCAAACUUUUACCAUUCACAAAGAUAUGGCAUUACCAUCAAAACCAAUUUUUUAUCAUUCACAAAGAUAUAGUUACAUUGAGGAACAUGUAAAUGUUCUUGGCAUGA